CCGAAAAUAGGAUUAUUUGAAGAAAUUGCUCUAGCUUUUGCUCAGCGGCCCAAAAGAACGUGGACAUUUAUUUCUGGAAAGCCUACAGAUGGGCUCCCUAGUCAGUGACAUACCUGGGGAUGGUGUUAGACAAAUGCUAGAGUAGAUGUCAUUGCUGCCAUGCCAUAGACACCAACUUAGUCAGGAAAGAACACUACCUUGAAUAUCCCUCUAGUCAACUCUGGAGAUUGAUAAUGCGCUGGAUUACAUUCUAGUCAAAAAUAUGCAGGACCGUUCACUCAAAAUCAUUUUUGGAAUCGGAGUGGUGGGAUUGCUGAUUGGUUGUGCGAUGAUACCCAUUCUGAAGGUGGUCAUUCAUGAAGAAGUGCUCAAGAAUGUUUACCUAACGGACAGUCCUGGUGGUCCCUCUGAAGCCUACAAGAUGUGGAUGAAGCCGACAGUACCCAUAUACAUGCAGUUCUAUGUGUUUGAUGUGGUGAACCCAGCUGAGGUACUGACUGGAGAGAAACCCUUCCUGGUACAAAAAGGCCCUUACACAUACAGAGAAUCCCGUGAGAAAGUGAAUAUCACUCACAAUGGUAACGGAACAGUAUCGUAUGAAGAAAUCAAGACCUAUAACUUUGUACGAGAGAUGUCUGUUGGUGACGAUUCUGACAACUUUACGACCGUCAACAUACCAUUAUUGACGCUUGUGGAAGCCCUUAGGUUCGAGACAAAGGUUUUCCAAGACUUAGUCAGCACAGUAUUAAAACUGUUCAAUGAGGAUGUUUUUGUAAAGCUCUCCGUGAAUGACAUCAUUUGGGGGUACCAUGAUGAUCUCUUGGCGCUUGGUCACGAUGCAUUCCCUGACUGGAUCUAUACAUCUUUCAUUGGAGUUUUCAGCAAUAAAAAUCACACGGCCGAUGGUGUCUACACAAUCUACACAGGGGAGACAGAUACUCUUAAGCUUGGCGUCAUCGAUAAGUUCAAUGGAUCAAGUCACCUAAAUUUUUGGUCGGAUAAAUAUGCAAAUAUGGUCAAUGGAAGUGAUGGCACCUUAGGCCCGCCGUUUACGCAAAAGUCUUGGAUAGUGUACACAUUUGUAUCAGAUAUUUGUAGGUCAGUUCCCGGCACUUUCGAUGCAGAAGAAACCACAGCCCAGGGCAUCCAGUUGUAUCGUUUCACUGGGCCAGAGUGGGCCUUGGCUGGCGUGGAGGAGAACCCUGACAACAAAGGUUUCUGUACUCCUGCUGGCAACUGUAUGGGCAAUGGUGUUGUUAAUAUUACUUCUUGUCAAUUAAUUGAUUUCUUUCACAUUCCAACUGUCGUAUCAUUACCCCAUUUUCUGAUGGCUGAUAAAAAAUACAGAGACGCGGUUUAUGGUAUGCAUCCGGACCCGGUGGAACACAGAACAGAAAUAGGGAUAGAACCUAUGACGGGGUUGUCACUAAAAGUUGCCAAGAGGUUGCAGAUUAAUAUUUUCGUGCAGUAUUCUGAGUUUGUCAGUCAGACCCAUAACAUUUCAGACACGGUCUUUCCGUUAUUUUGGUUGAAUGAGAGUGCUGUGAUAGAUGACGCCACUGCCGACAUGUUAAAAGGGAUGCUGUUUACGCCACUGUUAGUAGGGCAUGUGAUCAUGUACCUGUUGAUCGGGUCGGGUGGUUAUGUCGUUGUUGUCGGAAUCGUCUAUUUCUUCCUUAGAAUCAAUAGGAGUGCCAAAAGAAAAAGAGUAGCAAAACCAGAUAUUCAACCACUACAUCAGAAUGGAACCGCCUCGCCUCAUGUCCAGGGAGAGCCAAAUGAGACGACGAGAUUGAUAUCAAAUAUAACUUACGAAACGACCAUUAAGAAUUCACCAGUGAGAUACUCAGACCUUCAAUCAGACACGGAAUAGUGUUUUCUAAAUGUGACAUUCAGCAUUUAAAGGCCUACGCCGUUCGUUAAACAUUUUGAAUUUGUAAUUGAAUUUAAAAAUGUCCAAUUGCAGGAAUACUUACAAAAUAAAUAAAUUUCAACAUUGCCGUUGUGUAUACUGAUAUACAAAUACUAUGCAUACCAAGUUUAUACAAAUUUGUAUUCGCAAUAACUGCACUACGGCAUUGUGUAUCAGUGGAUUUCUAUUUAACUGGACCAAAAGUGAUUACAAAUGGCAUACCCCUUUAAGUCUGCUGAGCUUUAGUCCGAGCUGUGAAUGGCUCAUUAAGGUCAAAGCUCAACCUAGAAUCUGUUGUAACCAAGCAGGUAAUUGGGAGUAUCACUCCCCAUGGAUAUUCAAAAUGAUAUCAAGUGAAUCUUAUGAAAGGGAAGAAGGGCAAAACGGGGGCAUAUGGAGAGCAAUUUGGAUUGAUGUCUCUGCGUGUUUUUAUUUUGUCUCUAAAUAUAGAAUUUGUUGUGGUGGCCUUGUAUGCAAUGGGUGCUAGGGGGCUUUAUGCAUGGUGAAUUGAAUGUAAUAAAAAUCAAGGAAAUAUUCUAUCUGGUAAUUUAUGAUAAAAUGUUGGUGCUAUUUUUGUAUGUCUAUUGGCUCAUUAUGGGGAUUGGGAUGAGUUUGGGACGUGACUGUGAUUUGAUGAGGCAUGAAGUGGUGCUACAUGUACAUGUAUAUUCUAUGCAAAGAUAAACAAACUGCUAUACUUGUACAUGUAGAUUAAGAAUGAAUGAACUGGUUAUUCUUGACUACCGUAUUUUCCGGCGUAUGACCCGCGGCUUUUUGCCCUCAAACAGGCCCAAAAAGUGGGGGUGCGGGUAAUACAAAGGUGCGGGUCUUGCGUGGAUUCUGAGAGGGAUAAGCCCCAACCCCAAAGAAAAAAAAGGGGACCAAACUGGUUACUUGAUAAGGAUUUAUGUCCAUCGUUUUCGCAUUGUUUUCAACCAAUAUUUCCGCCAUGAUCGCAUAGUUUGUGAUGUCUCCGCUAGGGAAAAUAGUUACGGCCAUGCUGGAAUUGAUCCACUUUGGUUAACAAUUAAAAAAAACAUGGCGGUUCUAGGAUGUCAACAUCAAUGAAUGGCUUACUAUUUUUGGAGAAUGCGGGUCUUGGAGCAGUGCGGGUCAUAAUCAGGUGCGGGUCUUGCGUGGCUUUAGGUAAUGGUCAAAGGGGGUGCGGGUCAUAGGGCAGUGCGGGGGAUAAUCCGGAAAAUACGGUACAU